AGUCGCGCGCCGCGCUAUUCGCGCGGGAGUGGGACGGCGGCGCGCUGGGGCUGUAGGUAGGUGGGAACGGAAGCCACAGCCAGGAAGAGAGACCGCCAGGAUGGCGACACCGAGCAGGAAAACGUCCACUCAAAGCCCCCUGGCCUCCAAGAGAGCUCUCAUGAGUGAUCCCUCGUCGGAAGUCCCGAGCAAGAAAAAGAGUUCGGUCCCGCCGGCUGCGCCACCGCCACUGCCGUCGUCCGGGCCUUUCGUGGAAGGCUCUAUAGUCCGCAUCGCGAUGGAGAACUUCCUGACAUAUGAUGUCUGUGAAGUAUCUCCUGGGCCCCACUUGAAUAUGAUUAUUGGAGCUAAUGGAACAGGGAAGUCCAGCAUUGUGUGUGCCAUUUGCCUUGGAUUAGCAGGCAAACCUGCUUUCAUGGGACGGGCAGAUAAGGUUGGCUUUUUUGUGAAGAGAGGAUGUUCCAAAGGCAUGGUUGAAAUUGAAUUGUUCAGGACUUCUGGAAACCUUGUAAUCACUCGCGAGAUUGAUGUGGCAAAAAAUCAGUCCCUUUGGUUCAUCAACAAAAAAUCUGCAAACCAAAAAAUAGUAGAAGAGCAAGUUGCAGCCUUAAAUAUUCAAGUGGGCAAUCUUUGCCAGUUUCUACCUCAGGAUAAAGUUGGAGAGUUUGCUAAACUCAGUAAAAUUGAACUCCUUGAAGCUACCGAGAAGUCAAUUGGUCCUCCAGAAAUGCACAAAUACCACUGUGAACUGAAAAACUUCAGGGAGAAAGAAAAACAACUAGAGACCUCAUGCAAACAGAAAACUGAAUAUCUAGAGAAAAUGAUUCAGAGGAAUGAAAGAUAUAAACAAGAUGUGGACAGGUUCUAUGAACGUAAGCGACAUUUAGAUUUGAUUGAGAUGCUUGAAGCAAAAAGGCCAUGGGUGGAAUAUGAAAAUGUUCGUCAGGAAUAUGAAGAAGUAAAACUAGCUCGGGACCAAGCAAAGGAAGAGGUCAGAAAACUUAAAGAAAGUCAGAUUCCUAUAACAGAACGCAUUGAAGAAAUGGAAAGGCAGCGUCACAUUUUGGAGGCUCGAAUCAAAGAGAAGGCAUCAGCUAUUAAGGAGACAUCUCAAAAAUGCAAACAUAAGCAAGAUGUUAUAGAAAGAAAAGAUAAACAAAUUGAAGAGCUUCAGCAGGCUUUAACAGUAAAACAAAAUGAAGAGCAUGACCGACAGAGGAGAAUAAGUAACACCCGCAAAAUGAUAGAAGAUUUGCAAAAUGAGCUGAAGACCACAGAAAGCUGUGAGAACCUCCAACCCCAAAUUGAUGCUGUUACAAAUGAUCUGAGACGAGUCCAAGAUGAGAAGGCACUCUGCGAAAGCGAGAUGAUUGAUAAGCGAAGAGAGAGGGAAACUCUAGAGAAGGAGAAGAGGAGUGUAGAUGAUCACAUUAUACGUUUUGACAAUCUUAUGAAUCAAAAAGAAGAUAAACUGAGACAGAGAUAUCGUGAUACCUAUGAUGCUGUUCUGUGGCUAAGAAAUAACAGAGACAAAUUUAAGCAAAGAGUCUGUGAGCCCAUAAUGCUCACGAUAAAUAUGAAAGAUAAUAAAAAUGCCAAAUACAUUGAAAAUCAUAUUCCAUCAAAUGACCUGAGGGCUUUUGUGUUUGAAAAUCAAGAAGAUAUGGAGGUUUUCCUCAAAGAGGUUCGUGACAAUAAAAAAUUAAGAGUAAAUGCUGUUAUUGCUCCUAAGAAUUCAUAUGCAGAAAAAGCGCCUUCAAGAUCUUUGAAUGACCUGAAACAAUAUGGAUUUUUCUCUUAUUUGCGAGAAUUGUUUGAUGCCCCUGACCCUGUCAUGAGUUAUCUUUGCUGCCAGUAUCACAUUCAUGAAGUUCCUGUAGGAACUGAAAGAACCAGAGAAAAAAUUGAACGGGUAAUACAGGAAACCCGAUUAAAACAAAUUUAUACAGCAGAAGAAAAGUAUGUGGUGAAAACUUCUUUUUAUUCAAACAAAGUCAUUUCAAGUAACACAUCCCUAAAAGUAGCUCAGUUUCUCACAGUCACCGUGGAUCUAGAGCAAAGACGACACUUAGAAGAACAGCUGAAGGAAAUUAAUAGAAAAUUGCAAGCAGUAGAAUCAGGAUUGAUUGCCUUACGUGAGACAAACAAGCAUCUGGAACAUAAAGAUAAUGAACUUAGACAAAAGAAGAAGGAGCUUCUUGAAAGGAAAACCAAGAAAAGACAACUGGAACAAAAAAUUAGUUCUAAACUAGGAAGUUUAAAGCUGAUGGAACAGGAUACUUGCAAUCUUGAAGAGGAAGAACGAAAAGCAAGUACCAAAAUCAAAGAAAUAAAUGUUCAAAAAGCAAAACUUGUUACUGAAUUAACAAACUUGAUAAAGAAUUGUACUGCUUUACAUAUACAAAAAGUAGAUUUAAUUCUUCAAAAUACUACAGUGAUCUCUGAGAAGAACAAAUUGGAAUCAGAUUAUAUAGCAACCUCAUCACAGCUACGUAUCACAGAGCAACAUUUCAUUGAGUUGGAUGAAAAUAGACAGAGAUUAUUGCAGAAAUGCAAGGAACUUAUGAAGAGAGCUAGGCAAGUAUGUAACCUGGGUGCAGAGCAGACUGUUCCUCAAGAAUAUCAGACACAAGUACCCACCAUUCCAAAUGGACACAACUCCUCACCCCCCAUGGCUUUCCAAGAUCUUCCGAACACCUUGGAUGAAAUUGAUGCUUUAUUAACUGAGGAAAGAUCAAGAGCAUCUUGCUUCACAGGACUCAAUCCUACAGUUGUUGAGGAAUACACGAAAAGAGAAGAAGAAAUAGAGCAAUUAACUGAGGAACUAAAGAUAAAGAAAGUUGAACUGGAAAAAUAUAGGGAAAACAUUUCACAGGUAAAAGAAAGGUGGCUUAAUCCUUUAAAAGAGCUGGUAGAAAAAAUUAAUGAAAAAUUUAGCUAUUUUUUUAGUUCUAUGCAGUGUGCUGGUGAAGUUGACCUCCAUACAGAAAAUGAGGAAGACUAUGAUAAAUAUGGAAUUCGAAUUAGAGUUAAAUUUCGCAGUAGUACUCAGUUGCAUGAAUUAACUCCUCAUCAUCAAAGUGGAGGUGAAAGAAGUGUUUCUACUAUGUUAUACUUGAUGGCACUUCAGGAGCUCAAUAGAUGUCCAUUUCGAGUAGUUGAUGAAAUCAAUCAGGGAAUGGACCCAAUUAAUGAACGAAGAGUGUUUGAAAUGGUUGUAAAUACUGCUUGUAAAGAAAACACAUCUCAGUAUUUCUUUAUUACACCAAAGCUCCUUCAAAAUCUUCCUUAUUCUGAAAAGAUGACAGUAUUGUUUGUCUACAAUGGUCCUCAUAUGCUGGAACCAAACAGAUGGAAUUUAAAGGCUUUCCAAAGGCGGCGGCGCCGUAUUACAUUCACUCAGCCUUCUCAAUGAAAGUGAAGGGCAGGAACUUUGGGACUUUUCUGUUAAAUCCUAUAUGUAAGUGUGGCUCAACUGAAUAAAAGUCAGAUUCAUUAAGACUAAAGGAUCAGUUACUUUUGAAACCUGCUAUUAGAUACAAAUGGGUUGAUGAAGAGAGACCAUAAUAACUUCUUUCUGUGGAACAUCAUCUGGUAGUAAAAUUUAAAUAUUGUGUCCUUAGCACUCUGACAAUAAGUGACUGGGUCCCCACUUUUACAGUAUUUGCUACUCAAAUCAGAACUACAGUGGAAGGGAUUAUCAGUUACAAGAAGUUUAGUUGAUAUGGGGGAACCCUGAGCUUUACUUGCAGAGUAAUUUUAACUACUUUUAGAGUCUAAAGAUGACUCUACAGCUUAAGUCCUAGUUUCUCCCAGUGUUAUAAUUUUUAAAAUUUGGUAUGGAAAUGUCUAAUGUAUAGUAAUAAUUUAUGACAAAUCUAUUCAUUUCUUCCUAUUAAAAAGAUUACCUUAUCUCCACUAGGAAAUGGGAUUUUAGGGACCUUUAAAAAAAACAGUUUUAUGAAACUUGAUACUGUAAUUGUAUUGGUAUCUCAAAGGAGGGAAAAGUACUGGGAGCAGGACUUCUUUGAAAUGCCACAAGAUGGCCACUAGAUGAUGCAAAAUCCAACCAAAAGAUUGACAGAGAAUAAAGUGGCAAGAAUUUUUAAAGAAUAACCCUGUAAAAUGUGGGUGGGUCUUUUUAGGGUUAAUCAUUUUUUUCUUUUUUUAAUUUAAAGUCAAUUUUUACAUCUUAAAUUUCUACAGCAUUUUUAUAAUUAUUUUUAGUAAAAUUUUUCUUAACAUUUCUUAUACUGGUUUCUACAGUUUAUAUUUAAAAUUUCUCAGUGUUACGUAGAGUGAGCAAAAGCAUUGAUUUGUUUAAAACCAUAAUAUUUUUAGACCUUAAGCUUAUGUAGGUCCUUUUAAUUUACAGUGUUGAUCCUACCCCAGUAUCUUAGAAAAUCUAAUUUAAACUGUUCUUGGAGCAUGGAAGAAUCAGAUUAGAAAAUCAUUUGUUUAUCUCUGAGUUAUACUAAUUAACAGUGCCAAAACAUUCUAUUCUUUAAAAUCUUGUAAAAUAAAGAACUGGAGCAAGGACAUAUCUUUAAACGGUGGAUUGGAUCUGUAGAGGUAAUGACAAUUAUUUUUUUGACUUGGUAGCUUGACUAAAUUGAAAAAUUGCAUUCAGUUUGGGUUUUAUAUGUUCUUAAAUAGCUACUGAAAUUUAUAUUCUUGUUAAGUCAAAAAGUAAUGAAAGUCUUCAUCCUCUUAUUUGGACAUUUUCUCUUUAAAAAGCUAUUUUUUUCUUUAUAAAAAUUUUAAAAGAACCUUCCCCUCUUAAAUUAAGUCUAAUGCAUGUACUAUGAAAAUAUUUUAAAAUAACAUUUUUACUAGUGCAAACAACUCAUGUAAACAUUGAAAAUGUUGGUAACAUGUUAGUAAAUGAAUGUUGUUACCAAAUGUUUUGUUGUUAAUACUUUGUUUUCCAUCAAAGUACCUUUACUAAUAUGUGCUUGGUGUAGUUCAUUUAUUGUCUAAGUGCCAGUCAUCUUAUUUCUACAAAAUGAUCAUCAAUGUGAGAAAAGUUUGAAGAUUUUUUUCAGUUUACAUAUGCCAGUAAUUAUUCCAAACCUUGUUUAUAAGCAUUUGUAUCUCUAGUGGACAAAUACUUGGUUUUACACUGAAAGUUGAGCUUCGAAGAAUAAAUUAUGUAUUUUAACAUUAAUAAAAUAGUAAGUUCUGCACAAUAACUCAGCCACUUGAAACUUCACAUAUUUUCUGAAAAAGUUGAUUUUAAUUAAAAAUUGUAAAAACUUCAUAUAAUAGUCUUAUUUGAUGAAUAAAAUAUUUAAAACCCUAAAAGGUGACAAGCAAUUAUUUGUAAUGACAAAAUCUUAAUUGAUUUGCCUAAGGUUUUUGCAUUAAAAGGAAAGAUUUCUUGCUGCUUUCUAAUUGUCUUUUGGACGUGUGUUCAUUUUCUUUGGAGUAUGAAUCUUUAGUGUCUAAAAAAAUGUAAUUUGGGGGAAUUCCUGGUGGUCCAGUGGUUAGGACUUUGUGCUUUCACUGCCAAGGGCCCAGGUUCAGUCCCUGGUCGGGGAACUAAGAUCCUGCAAGCUGUGCAGCAUGGCCAAAAAAAAAAAAAAAAGGUGUAAUUUUGUCCUGCUACUAUGUAUCUGCAGGUGUAACUGGAAAAAAACUUUGUGGGAAAUGCUACUUUGUUGGUAAUAAAUGCUGUAUUUUCAUGUUC